UAGGUACUCAUUCCUUGACGGAAGCCCAGGCACCUCCACCUCAAGAGGCUCAGCGAGGUCAGGGUGACACCACUCUUCCCUCCCAGCACCACGGACAGAUCUCAAUCAGCCCAGUAGGUCCACAACAGCUUCUGCAUCCCGACUUGUCCUCAGAAAGGACAUCUUCUUUUAUUGUUCAAGAACGAAGUGUCGCUGUCAUAUAAAGAGGGAAAAAUGUUCUUUUGUGUGUUAGCCCUCCUAAUCCUCUGCGCUUUUCUAUGGAAUUAUAAAGGACAACUAAAGAUUUCAGACAUCACUGAUAAGUAUAUUUUCAUUACUGGGUGUGACACGGGCUUUGGAAACUUGGCGGCCAGAACUUUUGAUAAGAAGGGAUUUCAUGUCUUUGCUGCCUGUCUGACUGAAUCAGGAUCAACAGCUUUAAAGGCAAACACCUCCGAAAGGCUUCACACUGUGCUUCUGGAUGUAACUGACCCAGAGAACGUCAAGAGGACUGCCCAGUGGGUAAAAAACCAAGUUGGGGAAAAAGGUCUCUGGGGUCUGAUCAACAAUGCUGGAAUUCUCGGCGUGUUGGCUCCCACUGACUGGCUGACAGUGGAGGACUACAGAGAACCUGUAGAAGUGAACCUGUUUGGACUCAUCAAUGUGACAUUAAAUAUGCUUCCCUUGGUCAAAAAAGCUCAAGGGAGGGUUAUCAAUGUCUCCAGCAUUGGGGGCCGGCUUGCAUUUAGCGGAGGGGGCUAUGUUCCAUCCAAAUAUGCAGUAGAAGGCUUCAAUGACAGCUUAAGAAGGGACAUGAAGGCUUUUGGUGUGCACGUCUCAUGCAUUGAACCAGGAUUGUUCAAAACAGAAUUGUCAGAUCCAGUAAAGACGGCUGAAAAAAAACUCGCCAUUUGGAAGCAUCUGUCUCCAGACAUCAAACAACAAUACGGAGAAGGGUACAUUGAAAAAAGCCUAGACAAACUGAAAGGCGCUACAUCCUCUGUGAACACGGAUCUCUCCCUCGUGGUGGAGAGCAUGGACCAUGCUCUGACAAGUCUCUUCCCUAAGACCCAUUACGCCGUUGGAAACGAUGCCAAGACUCUCUGGAUACCUCUGUCUCACAUGCCAGCAGUUUUGCAAGACUUUUUAUUGUUGAAACAGAAAGUAGAACUGGCUAAUCCCAAAGCAGUGUGACUCAGCUGACCACAAAUGCCUGCCCCAGGAUAUGAGUUCUGCUGGUUUCAAGGACACAUCUCCUUUUUGAACUCAUUCCUUACCUAAUCCAACGUGGACUCUUUAAGGUCAUGUUUCUUUGAUAAAUGAAGGGAUCCCACCAUCACUGAUGAUGCCUCAGGGUCCCUUCUCAAGCGUUCUUUGCAAAGAAGGGCAGAGGUGGCACAUCACUUAGAAGGGCAGGCAUUGUAGUUGCCCAAUAUUUAGGCUUUGCCUGCUUGGUAUGACAUACGAGAAAGUGAAAGACUUUCUCAUCCAAAAUGCUCUCUGUCACAGCUUGCCCCAUGCUUUGGGACCCCACCACUUAGAGUAACUCCUGAAUGUUAAACAUUUGUUUCUUAUCGAAAAGUUCAGAGAUAAAUAGAAUACUUUCCUAAGUGGAUUAGAGAUGUUCUAUUAUCUUGCUGAGAAUAAAACCCUGGAGGACUGCAACUCCGUACACUUUGAUGGGGGUGGGGGAAAAAAAGGUAAUGAAGUAUAAUGUGACUGGUGUGAGCUAAUGGGCAGCAGUAGGAGGGAAGGAAAAGGAAUAGAGGACUGAAAAAAAGAAACAGGUAUAAAAGUGGAGGCAAAGAGACUCAAAACAAGCUGCCUAUUCUACAGGGAGCUAUGGAGGAUGAACAGCCCAUUCAAGGCCACUGUGAACACUGGUGCAGACACCACUCUGGUGGAAAGAUGAGAACACCAGAGUGACUAACAAUUCCAAAAGAAGAAAAAAGUAGAGAAUAUUAAUGUGUCUUCUGGGGAUUGCAAAUAUGACAAGACUAAGACUAUCCAACUGAGAAUGGCUGCAAAUCCUGUAUUUGAGGUGUCUCUGAAGUCCCCUGAAGACAGAGCUAAAUAAAAGACUCUCUUUAGCCUACCGUUACAGUGAGAGCAGCUCUGCUCCUUGCUCAUAUUCAUGGUUCUACACUGGAUUGCCCCUGGGGCCACACCCCAUCCGAGAGAACAGUUCUCUAAACGGAUGCUUCCCCAGGUUCCAGUACACAGCAUCACUCACAAAGGGGUGUGGAAUAAUUACAUGGAAAAGCCUGAAGCGUCAGAAUUCAACAUUUGUUGCAGAGUCAUAGAGGGUAAAAGAGCCAGAGAAAUUAUCUAUGGGCAUGUGCAAACACAUGCACACAACACACACUUAUUCUGAAGGUCUGCUGCUUGAAACUACGUCCAUUUAAAGUUAUCAGUACUUCUUUUCAUUUUCAUUCACUUUUAUGGGAACAUCUGUUUAUGAGGUAAUUUCCUUCUUUCACAUGUACAGCAGAUUGAUGACUUUGAAAAAUCAAAUUAUCAAUGGUGUCAGUCCACCCGGACACGUAUUUCAUUAUUCUGAGGGGAGAUAUACCUGUCCUUUUUGGCUCAAAAUGCAGAAAAUCACAGCAAGAAUCAGGUAAAAGAAUUCUCAGGCAAAGUUAACUAAACUAUUGUCAUUAACUCUCUGUGAAGUCAUUUCCUGGCCCUAGAGACAUUUCAUCUAUACACCUCUGAUUUCUUCUCGUUAUAGUUAAC